AUGCCCUGCAAGGCGCUCGCCGUCUGCCUCCUGGGGCUCCUGGCUCUCUCCUCUUUUAGCUGCCCCAUCGGGGGCAAACGCGCAGCGCUGGACAUCAGGAAGUGCCUGCCCUGUGGUCCCAGGAACAAAGGCCACUGCUUCGGUCCCAACAUCUGCUGUGGAGAAGAGCUGGGUUGUUACAUCGGCACCUCCGAAACCCUGCGGUGCCAGGAGGAAAACUUCUUGCCGACACCCUGCGAGUCGGGACGUAAACCCUGCGGUGGGAGCGGAGGAAGCUGUGCCGCCCCCGGCAUCUGCUGCAGCAGCGGUGAGGGCAGCGCCGGGGCCGCGUCCCUGCCAGGGCUCUCGCCACGGGGGUCCUCGCACACCGUAUAG